UCGUUCAUCAGGGCGGGCACUAAUGGUGCAAGGAUCGGGAUCAGGGCCAUCUCGGCACCCCCCUCCACGUAAGCGUAAAGAAAAGAGACGGCACAUUUCUCCACCCGAACAUGUCCCUCGACGAAAGAGAUAUUACGAUCUGAUUAGUGUGCACUCACGGAGGACACGAAGGAGAAAGAGAUAUUACUAUCUGGAACACCAUCAAGACUUCGCAGAACCUUCUCACCGCAAACGACGACACUAUUACCUGUAUUGCCCGUAUUACCUGUACUAUAUUACGUGUAUUACAGCCCUGUACCUGUACUAUGAGGAACGACGUCACCACUCAAAACACAUACACCUAGCACAAGCCCAUUCUCUAUCUGGAUCCGCCCGCAAGAGACAUACCUCGGUAUCAGACACACCGAUACCAAGAAAAAGAGCGAAAAAAACCAAACACGUUUCUGUGCAGGUUUCCGCAACACGGCUGUUUCCAAAUCACCCCAGCAGCCCCCAUCCCAACAGAUCCUGUGAUUCACACCCCGCCUCUCUGUCUCCCGCCCCCGCCGCGUUUGCCUCUCCAAGCCAUGUUUUGAUGUCGAGGGAUCUCCUUCAGCGGAUCCCUCUCCCGGCCAGCCAAUCAGGCUCCAGCAGGAAACCACGCGGCGUGCAGGGGAGCUGCAACACACAAGCCUGUCUCUCUCCACCACCAUCGGCAGCAGCAGCGACAGCAGCACCUUCGCUUCCCUCCUCUUGCUUUCCCGCCAUGGCCUCCGAGAGCCCCCUGGAAACCCUGCAGAGGGAGAUCACUUGCUCCAUCUGCCUGAGCUAUUUCAAAGAGCCCGUGUCGAUCGACUGCGGGCACAACUUCUGCCAGGCGUGCAUCACCCAGUGCUGGGGCCGCUCGGACGACGAGAACACCUCUUGCCCCCAGUGCCGCCGGUGGUCCCGCAAGAGGAGCUUCCGGCCCAACCGGGAGCUGGGCAACGUGGUGGAAGUGGCCAAGAGGCUGAGGCUGGAAGCGGCCACCUCGCUGGCCGGGCAGCGCCUGUGCGAGAAGCACCAGGAGCCCCUGAAACUUUUCUGCGAGGAGGACGAGACGCCCGUCUGCGUCAUCUGCCGGGAGUCCCGGGCGCACAAAGCCCACCCCAUGCUCCCCAUCGAGGAGGCGGCCCAGGAUUACAAGAAACAAGUUGCCAGCCAUGUGAAAGCACUGAAGAAAAGAAGAGAGAAGCUGAAGGAAUCAAUAGAAGAUUUAGAGUGCCGAAGCCAGGCUGAUCAGGAUGAUGUACAAACUGAAAAACAGAAGUUGGAAGCAGAGUUUAACCAAAUCCAUGAGUUCCUGGAAAAAAUUGAGCACUUCCUGAUUAUCAUGCUGAAGAAAUUUGACAAGGAGAUUGUACAGAAGAGGGAUGGAGUUGCCACCAAAUUAUCAAAGGAGAUUAAUCGCCUUGAUGCCUUAAUCACUGAGGCGGAAGAGAAGUGUCAGCAGCCUGCCAGUGAAUUCCUGCAGGACAUCAGGAGCAUUUUGAGCAGAUGUAAAGAAGGACAGCUGUAUCGAUUGGUGGAAGUUUCUUCCUCACCGACUGAGCUGGAAAAGAAGCUUGGGCAUUUCAGUCUGAAAAAUAUAGUUAUCAAGGAGGCACUGGAGAAAUGUCGAGAGACAGUGGUAUCUGAAUUAGCAAAAGCAAGGUCAAUGGAAACAUCAGCUAAAAAGGUGAGCAUCACUCUGGAUUCCAACACGGCUCAUCCCCUCUUUGUGGUGAGUGAAGACAAGAAAAGCGUGAAAAGAGGAGACAUGGUUCAGCUACUGCCCAGUAAUCCAGAGAGAUUUGAUGCCACUCUUAUUCUGUUGGGCUGUGAGAGAUUUGCCUCGGGGAUACAUUACUGGGAGGUAGAAGUGGGUGAUGGGCAAAACUGGGCUCUGGGCGUUGCCAAAGAGUCCAUCAAGAGGAAGGGACUAAUUUCCACAUGCCCUGAUGAGGGGAUCUGGGCCCUGGGGCUCUGCGGCGAUGAGUAUAAGGCUUUCACAUCUUCUGAUACACGCCUCACCCUCGAUGAAACUCCAGAGAAGAUCCAGGUGUUUGUGCAUUAUGAACGAGGCUGGGUGGCAUUUUUUGAUGCUGAUUAUAUGUCCCUCAUUUUUAUUUUCCAGUCGGCCGAUUUUGCUGGAGAGAAAAUCUGUCCUUUCUUUAAAGUGUGGGGCCUAACUACAGAGCUUAGAAUGUGUCCCUGAAAUGCAGCGUUUGGCUUCUUACCGUCUGCAAUUCAUCUGUGCUUCAUUUGGAAUAGAAUCUCCAAAAUGGCACAGAAUUGUGAUUUUAGAGAAGGAAGAUGGAAGGCUUGGAUCCCAGCUCUUUCAUCCCAUGAAUAGAAGUAAUGUUCCACAGGAAAAUGUUGAGUUGAGGUUCAAUUUCUACUUACAGGGUCUGCUUCUACGGAUGCAUUUCUCUUGCCAUGAGUGGAAGCGUCUUCUGCCCAUGGAACUGAAAGUUAGGAUCCAAGCCAAAGACCACCAGC